CACCGGAAGCGUUAGCAGUGUCACUGCUGGUAAGAUGGUGUUGCGAUUCCGAUAUUUUAAAAGUGACGUCAUCCAUGUUUUCUAGGUCUGUGAACAUCUCGAGAAGUUCCUUCAGGUUGAACUGCAGCCUGUCUCAGUUGAAUCGCCUCUCGAGCACUGCCCUCCAAAGAAAACACCACUUCCUGAGAGCAACCUUUAAAACAUCCCAUCAUUCACCCUGCCAUUCAUUUUACACUCCCAGUUUUGUUCUGUCUUCUCGUUGUUUCUCUCAGUCUCCUCCUUCGAUGGAUUUAAAGACAGUCCUGGAAGUUCUAGAGCAGCUUGCUCCACUCUCAUUAGCCGAAUCUUGGGAUAAUGUUGGUCUGUUGGUGGAACCGAGCAAACAGCGUCCAGUCAAGACGAUCCUGCUCACCAAUGAUCUGACUGCUGAUGUUAUGGAUGAAGCUGAAGCGAUGACAUGUGACCUCAUCGUUUCAUACCACCCACCUCUUUUCCGUCCUUUUAAACGACUUGUUCAAAAGGACUGGAAACAGCAGUUGGCCAUCAGAGCUAUAGAAAGUGGCAUAGCUGUCUUCUCGCCUCAUACGUCAUGGGAUAGCGUGAAAGACGGCCUUAACGACUGGUUGAUAGAAGGCGUAGGUAGAGGACAAGUGUCCGUGUUAAAACAGGCUCACUGUAGCGGCUACCAAAAGCACAGACUGGAGUUUACAGCCAGAAAUGAAGAAGAGCUCAAUAAUAUCUUGAAGGACAUAAAGACAGAAAAUAAUGAAACCUUUCAGUACAACAUAUUAAGGACUGAACAAGAGGCACAGCAUGUGAUCCUGACCUGUUCCAGCUCAGAACUGACCCCUGCUGUUCAGGCUAUAUUAAACAGCGCUACAGCCAGCCAGUCUCUCAACAUCACACAGGUCCAGCAGCCUCCCUUACUAGGCUGCGGUCAAGGACGUCACGCUGUACUGGAUGAGCCGAUGUCCACGGCUUCGGCCCUCCAGAGGGUGAAGAAACACCUCGGGCUGCCUUACCUCAGACUGGCUCUGGGAAAUCAGAAAACAUUAGAUUCUGUGGUGAAGAGUGUAGCUGUGUGUGCUGGCUCAGGAGCUUCAGUUCUGCAGGGUGUGAAAGCAGACCUCUACAUCACCGGUGAAAUGUCUCAUCACGAGGUGCUGGAUGCUGUGUCUAAAGGCACGAGUGUGAUUCUGAGUGACCACAGUAACAGCGAGAGGGGUUUCCUCCCUGUGUUUAAGGAGAGGCUCGCCGCACGUCUCCCAGACUCUGUUAGCGUGAUCAUCUCCCAAAAAGACAGAGACCCGCUGCAGGUCAUGUGAUCUCCUGAUCUCCUGAUCUCACACUCUGAACUCUACUGGAGAUAUUAAACAUUGGAAAAUGAUUUCAAAGGAAUAAACAUGAUUACUGUAUACAA